AUGGCCAACACAAGUGGCAUUUGGACCAUGAAAUGUAUUCUCAUGAUUGAACGGGAUUGUUUAGUUAUUCAUGAAAAAGGAACUGGCGGUGAACUGGAACGUUUUCCGUUUGCGGCAUUGCGUAAUCCAGUUGCCAUUUCCAAACCUGACAAAAGAGAAGUCUACAACAACCUGGUGUUGUUGACUGUUGUAGACAACAGCGGAAACAGGGAUUCUCAGGCACACAUGCAUAUUUUCUUAGCUGGUUCAGUCCCUGCUCAAGAAAUUGUGAAUGAAAUAAUAAGUGCAAAAGAUGGCAGGCCUUUGUCUCAUGUGAAUACCAGAAUCCCUCCACCACCAAACCAGCCUGCCCCAGAACCACCAAACCAUGUCCGAGACAAAGUAAAUUCUUUUGAACGCAAUAUGCGAGAAGCAGACCGUCACCAGGAUCCUGUUGGAUAUUCAACCGCCGCUGUCAGAGAUCAAGACGUGGAAUCUGUCUUGAGUGAGAAAACGGAAAAGGAUGUGCAAUUGUUAAAUCAUUGUUUUGAUGACAUUGAAAAGUUUGUAUCUCGACUGCAAAAGGCUGCAGAAUCUUACAAGGAACUUGAACGAAUGAAGAAAGAGAAAAGCCAUAAAGGCAAAAAAGCAAGACAGGAACUGGAAGAGAAAUUGGAAUUAACUGCCCAGCCUCCAAAGGGACAAGAUUAUACUGACAUUUUCCAAAAAUUUAAACUGUCAUUCAACUUACUUGCCAAACUGAAAGCACACAUCCAUGAUCCAAAUGCUCCAGAAUUGGUUCACUUCCUCUUCACACCACUGAGUUUGAUUUACGAAGCCAGCCGUGACCCAUCACAAGGGAACCGUGACUUGGCUGCCAGUGUUGUUUCGCCUCUGCUUACAAGGGAAGCAAAAGAACUUCUCUUGAAUUGUCUUACAUCCAAAGAAACAGAUUUGUGGAUGUCACUGGGAGAUGCAUGGAUUACGAGUCGUGACAAAUGGAAACAUUUUGUUCCACCUUACACUCCACGAUUUUAUAAUGGUUGGCACCCUGCCCCUUCUCUGGAUGAAAUGCAAGGGGCUCAAACUCCUGCUGCCAGUCAUACAUACAUUAGUCCACCGAUGAGGCCUUUUGAUGAACCACCACCCAAUGUGGAACCAAGAAGACCAAUGGAGAGACCUGUCAUGGGUCCAGAAAUCAAAAAACCAGGUCCUCGUUAUGUUCCAAACCCUCAAUUGCCACCAGAAGAUAGCAAUGAUCAAUUCCAUGAGGAUCUCCGAAAGAAAGGUGCUAAAAUCUGCAGUGUCUCCCAUUCAAGAGAUAAGAAACAUCAAAAAGAAUUAACAGUGGCUAAAGGAGAGAUUUUAGAAGUAUUGGAUGAUACUCGUAAUUGGUGGAAACUGAGAAAUUGUAAAGGAGAAAUUGGGCAUGCACCAUUUACAAUUUUACACAAACUGAAUAACAAUGGAUAUAAUGAUGGAUAUGCAUCCACUGGUUUCCCUAAUGCUGAUAAUGGUAUGAAUGCAGGUGCAAACAGAAGGGGCCAAAGAGUGGCGGAUCUACUAUGA